AUGCCGAUAAUUGCUCUCGAGAAGUUCGUGGCAGAUGCCAUGAUCUGCGAAUCUCAGUUUAAAGAAAGCAUGCCGACAAUAGCAGUCGAGAAGUUCGUGGCAGAUGCCAUGCAAGAGUCACCCCAUCGAAAGCCAACAUAUUACGAUUUCUUCCGUUAUACGGCCCUUAACGUCUAUCGACGUCUCUUCUCAAUUGUCUUUCUCGUCAAUCUGAGCAUCUUCAUUGCUAUUAUGGUCAAGGAUCGCUCUCUUCUCGUUUUUGUCAAUGCGACGGCAGCCAACUUGACGGUGUGUGGGCUGGUGCGACAGCCUCUCGUGGUGAAUUGCAUUUAUCGGGUAGUAUGCUCUGUUCCUCGUUCCGCUCCAUUGCGGCUCCGUCGAAUCGCUGCAAAGGCAUUUCAUUUGGGGGGCGUGCAUAGUGGCUGCGGGGUUGCAUCAUUCGUUUGGUAUAUUGGACUAGUUGUCCUGGUUUCGAUCCAGUACUACCAUCCAGAUAGCAACGGCGAGGGGUCGGUCCAAAUUCCUAUCGCCGUGGUUGUCCUAGCGUACGCUAUCUUGGCUCUACUUUUGUCCAUAAUUGUGGUUGCUUAUCCGGCCUUCCGCUUCAAAAGUCACGAUCAUUUCGAGCUCACUCACCGCUUCUCCGGGUGGCUGGUCGUGAUUCUAUUCGUGGCUUUACUACUGACGUUUGCUAACGACGCGCGGCAUGCUGAAGGGCUUAGCCUCGGUCAGUAUGUCAUUCGCCUUCCUGCCUUCUGGCUGCUUCUUGUUGUUAUUGCAGCCAUAGUCCAUCCUUAUUUGUUACUUCGGAGAGUGCGAGUGCGGCCGGAGUCACUGUCAAAACAUGCAAUCAGGCUCCACAUGAAUCAUACUACUACGACCUUUGGGAAGGGUAUUCAGCUCUCCAAGCAUCCGCUGCGGGACUGGCAUUCCUUUGCGACUUUUCCAGACCUCCCGACAGGCGAUUCAUUUUCUUGCCUUGUAUCCAAGGCAGGUGACUGGACGGCAGACACCAUCAACAAUCCACCAACCCAUCUGUGGAAACGCGGCACGCUGUUGUACGGAUUUGCGUACGUGAUGCGGAUGUUUAGCAGGAUCAUAGUUGUGACGACCGGCUCGGGUAUUGGGCCAUGUCUAUCAUUCAUUGGCGACAGCAAUAGACCCGCUAUGCGAGUAGUGUGGCAAACACGAUCCCCGCUCAAGACGUAUGGACAGGGUGUUCUCGAUCUAGUCAAGGAAAUGGAUCCCGAUCCAUUGGUCCUGGAUACAGAUAAGACGGGGCGACGGGUCGAUAUGGUGUCGGUCGUUGAGCAGCUAGCUCGUGAAUUCGACGCCGAGGCCAUCUGCGUGAUUAGCAAUCCCAAGGUGACCAAGGAGCUGGUAUUUACUCUCGAAUCGCGCGGCCUGGUGGCUAUGGGACCCAUUUUUGAUUCUUAG